AUGGAUUUCAACGUGGGCUUCAUCGGUCUCGGUGCUGUUGGCUACCCAAUGGCCGCUGCAAUCAGGCGAAAAUUACCGAGCAGUGCUUCUUUUCACGUAUUUGACGUGUACAAGCCGUCAGCUGAGAGAUUCAGUAGCGAGUUUGGCAGUGUUGGGCCAGUACACAUUGAGACUUCGCCACGCGAUGUGGCCUCCAAAGCCCAUGUGGUUGUUAGCAUGGUUCCUGGCCCCCGGGAGGUGGAGAGCAUUUAUCUUGAUCCGAAAACUGGCAUCGUUGCGGCGCUCGGGAAUGAGAACAGGGUCCUUCUUGAGUGCAGUACAAUCGACACCGAGACAGCCCGGAAGGUGUCACAGCUGGUGAGAGAGGCAGGCCAGGGCAUAUACGCUGAUGCCCCUGUAUCUGGGGGCGUUCCUGCAGCUGAAAAAUCCACGCUGUCUUUCAUGAUCGGCCAUCCUGAACCAGCUGCAGAUGAUGCGGCAGCCGCGAGACUGCAGCAGGUCGUCACCGCCAUGGCUGACCCUGAAAAGAUCUUCUGGUGUGGCUCCGUCGGAUCCGGGCUGGCAGCCAAGAUAAGUAACAACUAUAUCUCGUGCUCUGUGCUGCUACUCAUCGCAGAGGCCAUGGCCAUUGGUGUCAAGUCUGGAGUUGACCCCAAGAUGCUACACAAGAUCAUCCACAACUCGACUGGGCAGACCUUUAUGGGCGACAACGUCUGUCCCGUUCCCAACGUUGUACCUCAUGCACCAAGCAGCAACGCAUGGAGGCUAGGUUUCAAGACGCAGAUGUUUUUGAAGGACUUGUCUCUGGGUAUCGAGGCCGCUAAGCGGGAGAAUAUCGAGCCAACAAUUGCAAAAGCUGCAUAUAGCGUCUUUGAAGAGGCAUCCAAAGACCCACGAUGCAUUGAUCGAGACGGGUCUUCUGUGUAUUUGCACAUUACGGAUGCGAAGGAUGAGUAA